AUGCAAAAAAUCAUCUCGAAUGUUCCACAACUUCGUCGACUUUCAUUGAAUGAUGUUAGUCACAUAAGUUCAAUUAUCAAAUUGAACAAUUCCUUUACAUUGAAUCAUUUGACACAUUUAUUUCUCAAAUUAAAUCGUGUUUGUUUUAACGAUUUGGAAUUGUUUAUUCAAAAAUAUUUUCGUUCAAUUGAAGUUUUACGUAUUUCAAUAAAAGCUGGUGAUGAAUAUCUCAAUGCAAAUCGAUGGGAACGAUUAAUCACAUCUUCUCUGCCAUCUUUACGCGUUUUUGAUAUUUAUAUAGAAGGAUUUAGUUAUCAAGCGUUUGUAUCACGUUGUGAAGAAUUUCAAUCGUUAUUUUGGACUAAACGACAAUAG